UUGCCUAUAGUAUAUGCAUAUUUCUAUUCCUGAGUUAUAGUUUUUAAUAAAGUGUGUUUUGCGAAUCGCGUGUAUCGCGUGUAUCGCGUGAUUCGGACUAAAGGAGGAGUCCAAGCGUUAUAUAAAUUCUUAGAAGCGUUGAGACGGCGUCCAUCUUUCUACGUCGAACUUGCAAUUAGUUCAAAGAGUAGGAAAGUACAACUUUAACGCUAUGUAAACGAUAGGCUCCUCUGGGAGUGGUUGGCCGGUUGCUUUAAUAUCAAAGUGCGCAUUACAUCGGUACUUUGUCCAGAAGUACGAUCUUCCAGCAACGAUUCUACGAUCCGAUUAACGAGCGUGUGCUGCUAACAAGUCUUGUGUCGCUUUGAUUGUGCGAAAAUGGGGGAAACGUACAACACUCUGAAUGGAGAGUAUUCAUCUUCGUGGGAUGAACCGGAGGUACAGGAAUGGAAGAAGAGGGCACGCGAGAUUCACGGAUAUUUCUACAGAGCCUUCGAAGGUAAUCAGUGGGAUAUCUACGAGUCAAGUCAGUACAAUCUUUUACGUGUAAAAAUUUGUUACGCAUUGUUCGGGCAACCGAACGACGAGAACAAUAAUGCCGAGAAAAUCGAAGACACUUAUAGUAAAGAACAACGUGACAGAGCCGAUCAGAUCAAAAACACGAUCGUGGAGGUUUACAAUACGUACACGUGUUCGGGGAAACUGAACGUCGGUAUAAUUUUCGUGCAUUGCAAGACUGCCGAUAAUGAAUUUUACGUUCCUAUAUUUCGUGUAAAAAUAAUAGAAGAGGACUGUUACUACGUCGAUACGUAUCAGCGCGUGUACAAAUCGUGGAGUGAUUGGCAAAAUAAUAACCAACUUCCGAUGAUGAAGUAUUGUUUCCCACAGAAUGGCUUUUACACGUGUUCCGGAUCUAAUGAUUACAAAUACGAUCCCGAAUGCGAGCCAGACGUGAGUUUCGGAACAUCACCGGCUUGCAAUCUGUUGUCGCACGUAGGAAGACUGAUGGACACUGGUAUCGGGAUCACCGGACUUGUCGCCGCAAGCGUUGGGGUGGUCUCUUUAUUUACACCCUUAGCACCAGCUAUGAUUAUGUACGCGGGAGUAGCUGGUACCACGAGCGCGUUAUACGGUGCCGGUAGGAGCGCCUAUGUUUUGAUAGACAAAGGUACUCACAACCAGAGUCUGGCCGAUUUGGAAUCCGUAAUGUGCGGAUUGAGCAUUCUAAUGUUACCUUUACACGCGGGAAAAACCGCAGUAAACACCACUUUAACAGUUGGUGCGCGGGCAGGGCGCACUUUCACGUCAUUGCAAAUGCUCGGCGCAACUUUCUUAAACGUUACGUCGGUCGCUUUGGAUUCCUCCAUGUUAAUAAUCGGAUUUGUAAAUCUGUACAAGAAAUACGAAAACAAUACACUAGGGAAAAUGGAUAUCUUGCAUUUCUCCAUCUCUGUGUUCUUCUUCACGAACACACUGAUUGAACCGAAGACAGCCAGCGCGAUCAUUAACGAAGCUCAAAGCGAUUACUUCAAACAGUACAGGACGCAGAUGACCGACGCCGAAGCCCAGAAAACCUUCGAUAAAUUCAUCCGCAAGAAUCAUAAGAACAUCUCGAAGGGCGCGAAAAUAGCCAAGACGAUAAACAACAUUAACAACCCUAACCAAUUUUUCAAAAAUGUCGGGACCAAGUCCUCUAUCAAAGUAAGGGGAAAGAGUGGGAGAGACGUUACUAUUAACGACCAACUAAAGAUAAACCCUAAUAGGUUUAGCCAAUUAAAUCCACAGACGGCAAAGAAAUUGGUGAACGCCGCAAAAAAAAAAACACACACACAACCAGACGAAUAUAGAAAGCAUUGCAAUCAAUUUAUGAGCGAGGAGCGUAUAGCUUUGAAAACCAGGCGUAGAGAAACCUUGCAGAAGAUGACCGAAUUAUUUGAACUCGAGUGGAAAGAUUUGAAAAACGUUAAAAUAAACAAUGUGAAGAUGUUUUCAAGGUUAACUGGCUCCGAUUUGGACCGGAUAAAGACAGUGCUCGCCGAUACCGCGAGGAAUUACGACAAAAAUAUUGUGAACGCCGCGAUCGCUGUCGUGGAAAACAGUAACUGCAAAACUAUUCACGAAUUCGGUGCUCACAUCAAAUUAAUCGCAUUGGAAAGUAAAAAUAGAACCAGAUCAGAGUUUCGAUCAUUCUUGGCGGACUUGCAAUGGAAUCCUGAGACAAGACGACAAUUCAUGGCUGGUGUUACGAAAGACUGUGAAACAGCCAAGAAUAUCAUGAGCAAUGCCAAUAUCAAAUUCAACGACGAGUUGUUGGCUACUUACCACUAUAGGAAACAUGGAGCCAAGUUCGGCAAGAAUGUUACGAUGAACGUGUACCUCGAUGAUAUACCAAAGGAUCUAUUUCAAGACAAGAAUCUCUUUAGAGAUGUAUACGAUCAGAAUGGAAAGAACAGAAUUCGAACUUACGCGGACAAGGAUGGUUAUAAGUUUGGAGUGUUGAGAACGUCGGCGGAUGGUACGUCGUGUGUCGCGACGGUAUUUUCGAACGAAAAGUUCUUCCAAAAUUGGAAGACAAAAUGGGAGGAUGCUCAACAAUAUUUACAAUUUUGUACGGCUCAAUAUAACGAUUCUAAACAGUCGUUAACUUCGUCUUUUAAUAUUUUCAUGAAGAACGUAUUAUACGAAACUGGUUUUCUUAUUAACACGGUAAACGUACAUAACCGUUCAGGUACCCAAAAUUUGAACAUGUUUGAAGGCAACAGCGCAGAUAACGAAAGGCUGAGGGCGCUAGCCGAUUUACUUGCUACUAUGACGAGAGGAGAAGAAGCCGAUUAAAUCUUUCGUUUUUUUAAUUUGAAAGUAUCGGUCGUAAUUGACGUACCUGGAUCAACCUCAAAAGAACACUUUCAGUAUUACAGGAACGUAUUUUAUGAUUUUAUAUUAUUGCCGCAAAUAUGUGAUGAAAGUUCAAUGUAAGUUAGUAUACUAAUUCGAUAAAAAUACUUAAAAGGUAGGCAUGUAAUAUUUAGUCAAUUAUAGA